UCCGUAUGCUGAAACACUGGUCUUCUUUAUUGAAAUGUGAACAUUUUAUUGCAUACAUUAAUAUCGAUGCGUCUCUGAAGAAUAAGAGCCCAUGGUUAUCAUUCAUUCCAUGACAUAGUGGCUUGAUUAUGCGAAGGAGGAGAGCUACUAGAUCGAAUUUUAGCCAAGAAAGAUAUUCGUUAUACUGAAAAGGAUGCUGCAAUAGUAGUCCGCCAAAUGCUUAAAGUGGCAGCUGAGUGUCACUUGCAUGGUUUGGUGCAUCAAGACAUGAAGCCAGAGAACUUCCUUUUUAAGUCAACAAAAGAAGAUUCACCACUCAAAGCUACUGAUUUUGGUCAGAUUUUAUAAAGCCUGAAAGAGACAAGGAGGAGAUGGAGCUUGAUAUUGCUAAAAUGGAGUUUGAUUUCAAGGGAACACCUGUCAUAUGCAUAAGCGGAAGUCCUCUUAUUCUUGCUGAUUUGAAAAAGGUUUAUGUUUUAACGGCUCGUGCUGUGGUUGUCUGUGCUGAAGAUGGAAAUACUGACUUGGUAUCAAGCACCAGUAUUUUUAGAGCAGCCAAAGAAACAAUACAAAGUGUAACAGCCACAAUAUCAACAACAACAGCAACACUAACCAAGGCAACCACCACAUGCAUCAAGUUGCUGAAGAAUCUUACGGCCGAGGACGUGCUCGAGGUAGAGGUAGAGGAAGGGGCUGGAGCAACCGGGGUGGCUAUGGUGGUGGUGGCUAUGGAGGGUAUGGUGGUAGUCACUAUGGUAGAUAUGGGGGUAACUCGAGUCUUCUUUUUGACAAUGAUUAGAGAUGAAAGGAUGUGUCUUUUCUAGACUUUUAUUUUAAUUUGAUUUAGAUAGUUUUAUGUAUUUUUCUU